CCGGGGGAGGGACGGGCGCUCCGGGAGGCGGCGGCCGGGCGGGAGCCGAGAACUCGGGCCGAGCGUGGCCGGAUCCCCAGCCGCUGCGGGGCCUAGCGUGGACGCGGCAGAAUCGUGGCUGCUUGGAGAGCCGGACACUUGGGUCCCUGAAGUGAUCCCUAGACCCCAGGGACGGGGACAGGGACAGGCACACCAGGCCCCCCAUCCGCCACCAUUCCGUGCUGCGGGGACUCGAUGGCUCCAGAAGAAGAUGCUGGAGGGGAGGCCCUGGGGGGCAGUUUCUGGGAGGCUGGCAACUACAGGCAGACGGUGCAGCGGGUGGAGGAUGGGCACCGGCUCUGCGGGGACCUGGUCAGCUGCUUCCAGGAGCGUGCCCGCAUCGAGAAGGCCUAUGCCCAGCAGCUGGCUGAAUGGGCCCGCAAGUGGAGGGGCGCGGUGGAGAAGGGCCCCCAGUAUGGCACACUGGAGAAGGCCUGGCACGCCUUCUUCACGGCGGCCGAGCGGCUAAGCGAGCUGCACCUGGAGGUGCGCGAGAAGCUCCAUGGGCCUGACAGCGAGCAGGUGCGCUCCUGGCAGCGGGGCGCCUUCCACCGGCCAGUGCUGGGCGGCUUCCGGGAGAGUCGGGCAGCUGAGGACAGCUUCCGAAAGGCCCAGAAGCCCUGGCUCAAGAGGCUGAAGGAGGUUGAGGCAUCCAAGAAGAGCUACCAUGCAGCCCGGAAGGAUGAGAAGACAGCACAGACCCGGGAGAGCCACGCCAAGGCAGACAGCGCCGUGUCGCAGGAACAGCUGCGCAAACUGCAAGAGCGCGUGGGGCGCUGCACCAAGGAGGCGGAGAAGACGAAAAGCCAGUACGAGCAGACGCUAGCGGAGCUGCACCGCUACACCCCGCGCUACAUGGAGGACAUGGAGCAGGCCUUUGAGAGCUGCCAGGCUGCCGAGCGCCAGCGGCUUCUCUUCUUCAAGGACAUGCUGCUCACCUUGCACCAGCACCUUGACCUCUCCAGCAACGACAAGUUCCACGAACUCCACCGAGACCUGCACCAGGGCAUUGAGGCAGCCAGUGACGAGGAGGACCUGCGCUGGUGGCGCAGCACCCAUGGGCCAGGCAUGGCCAUGAACUGGCCACAGUUUGAGGAAUGGUCCUUGGACACGCAGAGGACAAUCAGCCGGAAGGAGAGGGGUGGCCGGAGCCCCGAUGAGGUUACUCUGACCAGCAUUGUGCCCACAAGAGAUGGCACCGCGCCCCCACCCCAGUCCCCGGGGUCCCCAGGUGGGCAGGAGGAAGAGUGGUCCGAUGAGGAGACCCCCCGGAAGGCUGCCACCGGGGUGCGGGUGCGGGCGCUCUAUGACUAUGCUGGCCAGGAAGCAGAUGAGCUGAGCUUCCGAGCAGGGGAGGAGCUACUGAAGAUGAGCGAGGAGGAUGAGCAGGGCUGGUGCCAGGGGCAGUUACAGAGUGGCCGCAUUGGCCUGUACCCUGCCAAUUACGUGGAGUGUGUGGGUGCCUGAGUGCCCGGCAGCCCUUCUGCAGUCUCUUCACCUAGGUCGCCGCCUAGCUGCUCCUGGACAGCCUGGCCAGAGGGCCCUGAACCAUCGCGAUGCUGCUGCCUCUCCAUCCCCUGAGGAGGGAGGAAGUCCUGCGACCCAGGGAGGGGAGGGGUCUGUGCCAACUGAGUCUAGGUCAAGGGCAGGAGGUCGGACGUGACAGAAGGGCUCAGGGCUCCCUAGGAGCCAAGGACUGUUCCCUGGCCUCUGUUUUGGGGCUCCUGGGGUGGACUUUGGGAAGAGUAUUUCUGGACUAGCAGCAUCCUGUUUUGUGACUUGUCCUAGUGUGUAUUAAACUUGAAAAAAAAAUUAAAAAAAGAAAGUACCAUCA